CUUCACACGAAUCAGACGUCUGUACACCGCGAGUGAUUUAGUGACGCUAGUGGUAACGUCAUGCUGCCUCGGCACACGCCGCACUGAACGAACGUCUACAGAUAUGCUCCAGUCUCUAUUACAACCAAGUAGUCAACGCACGAAGUGUACAGCUAAAAAAAUGAUUGGAGCAAUGCCCGCAGUGGCCGUGCGGCAUGAGCGGCGGCGGGCGGAGAAGCGCGCGGGCGGGGGGCGGCGGCCCUCCCAGCUGCCCCUGCAGGUCGGCAGAGGGCUGGAGGAGGCCACCCCCUCGCCGGAUCAUCGGUUCCGACAUGAACUGUACUUCUGUAGGAAGACGGCAUUCCUACACGCAGUAGUAGGUUCCCUUCUCCUGGGGAUCGUGGUGCUUGUGGUCGGUUUGGUACAGCUGUCCCCGGGGGCGGAGGCCGCGCAGCACCGCUACUACUUGAUGGGAGCAGGGGCUGCUCUUAUUGGAGCCGGCAUCAUCGGAGCGGUGAUGAGGUGCGUCUGCAUCCACUGGUACAACAGGAAGUAUCGCUCCGACUACCACGUGCCGGCGCCCCACGCUGCCCCCAAGCCUGUCAGCGUGGUGGACGGCCAGGAGUACCGACCCAAGCUCAAAACCCAGGCUAGCGUGGGACGCGAGGUCGACCUGAUCAAGCAACCCUCAGCAGCCAGCGACACCUAAACAUUGACCAUACUUUUAGAAUAAUCUCUGGCGUCUCUCUGUGAUUGGUGGUGUAAAAUGUAAAUAUUUUAGUUUAUCUUGGUCUGUAACUUUUAAGUAUUUAAUUGUGUUUAUGGUGUGUUUAGUUGAUGAAUUGCAUAGUUAUCUUCUGUAUGAGAUAUAGACUUGUAGCAUUGUUUAUUCUCAAUAUUUAAUGUCUCGGUAAUAUUCGAUAUUCAGUCACAGUUAGAUGCCGUUUUAGUAUAAAUAUAUUGUAAUAUAAGUUAACCUGUGGUUCUGUACGUGUAGAAUCAUUAAGUUAGUCUUACCCUUUAACGGUAAUUUUAAUUUGUAUUUUGAUAUAACUUUUGGAACUCUAUUUCUAGUCCUUUUAUUGUUUUUAAGGAUUUAUAUGAGAUUUUUUUAUUAGGAUUUUUUAUGUGUUUAAUUGUAAACCUAUUAGAAUUAAAACGGAUAUGCGUUCUUGUAUUAUUCAGUCAAUGACAAUAGAGAUCAUUAUUUAUUACAGAGGAAUAUAUUCGUUACAUAUCAUAAAACAUAAUCUGAAAUUAUUUUUAUCAUAAAAGAAUUACGAAUUUCCUGUUAUACCAUGUAAAUAUUUAUUUCAAAAAUAUACUUAUCAAUAUGUUAUCCUAACCCUACCGUCCGAUUGAACAAAAUUUUAUGAGUUUCUUUUAAGGAAAAUUCCAAAAUGUAUCGCUAAUAUAAACUUAAUGUUAAUCAAAAACAUGCUUGUGGCCAUGUUUGUAUCACAUAUAAGUAUCACAUAUGUAAUAGUAUAUAAACAGAUACGGUUUACAUUAUAAUACAAGUAGUUCUACUAAUUCUUAUUGGUACAAUGUCUGCUAAAACAUCGCGAACUUUGCCCAACAAUGCCCAAACUGAAACUUGGUUUCAACAAAAGUCUUAUGAAUACAAGUAACCCAAUGCGUGCAAAAUUUUUGGCUUUUUUGAUAGGGCUGCCAUAGGAAUAGCUAUUGAAAAACAUCACUAUACCUAAUUAAAAAUCGCAGGUCUGAUUAUUCCCAUAUUGUAGCUGCAUGUAUUAUAGUGUAAAUCCACUUUUAAUCUCGGUGUACUUAAAGGGUAAUAAUGUAAUUUUUUAACUUAAAGUGUUGCUUAAUACGGAUUGCGAAAAUGCAAUCAAUUUAUAAUUAUUGUGUGACAAU